GAUGAAAGCGCGGGGUGGGAAGGCGAUCAGAUUUGUGGGGCAGGCCGGCGCUGCACGCUCUUCAGCAGCAACAUAAUCCAAAAAAGGAUGAGGGGCAACCAAUGACAGCUUGAGCGAUCUACCCAAAUGGCCGAGCGCGUGUCCCUCACGCUUUCACCGUCCUUACCUUCUCUUCCCUCUCCAACUAAAAUGGCUUCUCUGGCUUCUUCUCCUUUCAUUAUCCCAUCUUGCACCAUACCCUCCAUCCCACGUGCUUCGUCUUCUCUCUCUUCCCUCAAAUGCUUGACAUCCUCUUCUCUCAUCUUUCACCACUUUUCCAAUCAGGCGCAGCGAAGAGCACAGGUUCGUGUAUCUAAUGGAGGAUAUACCACAGUGUCUGCGCCCAAGUCAUUCGCGUCUAAUCCUGAUCAAUUGAGGAGCGCGAGAGAAGACAUGAGAGAGCUGCUCAAGACUAAGUUCUGCCAUCCUAUUCUGAUCCGCUUGGCAUGGCAUGAUGCUGGUACUUACAAUAAGAGUAUUGAGGAGUGGCCACAAAGAGGUGGAGCGAACGGGAGCUUAAGAUUUGAAGUUGAGCUGAGACAUGCAGCCAAUGCUGGACUCGUUAAUGCAUUGAAACUUCUCCAGCCAAUCAAAGACAAGUACUCUGGUCUGACAUAUGCAGAUUUAUUUCAGCUAGCUGCUGCUACAGCUGUGGAGGAGGCUGGUGGACCAAAAAUGCCUAUGAAGUAUGGAAGACUUGAUGUCUCAGGACCUGAACAGUGUCCUGAAGAAGGCAGGCUUCCUGAUGCUGGCCCCCCUUCACCUGCUGAUCAUUUACGGCAAGUGUUUUACAGAAUGGGUUUGAAUGACAGGGAAAUAGUUGCAUUAAGUGGUGCCCACACGCUGGGGCGGGCUCGACCAGAACGCAGUGGCUGGGGCAAGCCAGAGACCAAGUAUACGAAAGAUGGACCAGGAGAACCUGGGGGCCAAUCCUGGACUGUGCAAUGGUUGAAGUUUGAUAACUCUUACUUCAAGGACAUCAAAGAAAGAAAGGAUGAAGAACUAUUGGUGUUGCCAACUGAUGCUGUUCUUUUUGAGGAUCCGUCUUUUAAGGUCUAUGCUGAGAAAUAUGCUGAAGAUCAGGAAGCGUUCUUUAAGGAUUAUGCUGACGCCCACGCCAAACUUAGCAAUCUUGGAGCCAAAUUUGAUCCUCCGGAGGGUAUUGUGAUAGAUGGCGGUUCUCCAAGACCUGAGCCAGAGAAGUUUGUAGCAGCCAAAUACUCGACUGGAAAGAGAGAGCUGUCAGAUGCUAUGAAGCAGAAGAUUCGGGCCGAGUACGAGGCAGUUGGCGGAAGCCCAGAUAAGCCUUUACAGUCUAACUAUUUUCUGAAUAUCAUAGUUAUCAUUGCCGUUUUGGCAGUUUUGACAUCGCUGCUCGGAAACUAGUGGGACUCCUCUUUUUUUUUUUUUUUUUGACCUUUUCCCCCUUGUAAUUGCAUAUGUAUAUACAAUCUUCUAAUUUUUGCCCGUGGAAAAGUCUAUUUGAAUUAGUGAAGAAAACCACCUUAAAGUAGUUGGGUGUCAAGGCAUUGAUUGAUAAAUUAAUAAAAUUAUAUACAGUAAAUGCUGCAUUUUUGUUGGAA